CGAAUUCCAGCUACAGCAAAAUGAUCGUCUACGGCUACGUUGUAGCCCUUCUGCUAGUAACCGCCGAAGGGCGGGUGGUAUUAAACCCCCGUCAUCGCACCGGAGCCGUGGUGAGCAAUGCCCCAGCAUGCGCCCAAAUCGGAAGGGAUAUCAUGCAGGAAGGCGGCACCGUUAUAGAUGCCGCCAUAGCUACAGCCCUUUGCGAAGGCGUCGUCAAUCCCAGCACCACAGGAGUCGGGGGCGGUUUUCUGGCUACCAUCUACAACAGAACCACCGGAGAAGUGUUCAGCUUCAAUUCCAGGGAAUCGGCUCCAGCGGCUGCGACCAGAGAUAUGUUCGUGAAGAACCCGACGCUUUCCUCGAGAGGCGGACUCUCGGUGGCGAUACCAUCGGAAAUAAAAGGCUACUGGGAGAUGUACAAGAAUUGGGGCGGUGGAGUGUCGUGGAGGAGACUCUUGCAGCCCACCAUCACCUUGUGCGAGGAAGGCAUUACGAUGAACGAUAUAACGUUCAGAAACGCCGUGGAUUCGAUUGAGGCCAUUCGAAUGGAUCCUGUUUUGGAGAAUAUCUUCAUUGAUCGCGAAACUAAAGAGUUGUACCAAGUAGGUCAGUUGUACAGGAGACCACAGCUGGCGCGAACGCUGAGAAUUCUAGCUAAGGAGGGCGGUAAUGCAUUGUAUGAAGGUUCUUUAGCCGAAGAUUUCGUCAACGAUAUUCAGGAAAAAGGCGGUAUUAUCACACUAGAAGAUUUAAGAAACUAUGAACCAGAGAAAAUGCGACCCGUGCACACCACAAUACUCGACAAAGACUUGUUCACCAUCCCGUUACCGGGCUCCGGUACGGCUCUGAUUUACCUCCUCAACAUCCUCGAAAAUUACCUGGACACCGACGACCAACUCACGACGAAGAACUACCAAAGGAUCGUGGAAUCGAUGAAGUUCGCCUACGGCGAGAGGAGCAACUUGGGCGACGGAAACUUCGUCGAGGGCAUGGAGGAGUUCGUGGAGAAAUUGGUGUCCAAAGAAUUCGCCGAAGAGACUAGAUCGAGAAUAUUCGACGACAGAACCUUCGGCGAUCCCGCUCAUUACGGAUCGGACGUGGGAUCUGAGGCUGAUCAUGGUACUGGUAACGUCUGCGCGUGGGGUCCGAGUGGCGAUGGAAUUUCCAUAACCAGCAGCGUUAACAACGUUUUUGGGGCGAGAUUCGGAUCUGAAACCACCGGGAUAAUCCUCAACAACUCAAUGGACGAUUUCUCCAGUCCUGGCGUCACCAACGAUUACGGAUAUCCUCCGGCUCCUGCUAAUUUCAUAGCGCCAGGCAAGCGACCUCUAUCGUCCAUGUGCCCUUCGAUAAUUUUGGAUAAAUACGGUGAUAUAUUCAUGGUCGUAGGAGGAGCAGGAGGCAGUAAAAUUUUGUCCAGCGUAGCUCAAGUAAUUUUAAACAGGCUCUACUUUAACCUAGACGUCGCGAGUGCUUCCCAUAUGAAGAGAAUCCACCACCAGCUCAUUCCCAUGAAUCUCCACAUGGAAGACGACUGGUUAAAAGAAGAUCAGGACGUCGUACAAGGAUUGAUAGAUAUCGGGCAUAAUAUAACUUUUAGCUCCAAUAAUGGCUUCGUGGCCGUCACUACCAUUUCCGUGGACGAUGAAAAUCCAGGUGAAAUCGUCGGAGUGCACGAUAGAAGGCGAAAGGGAUCCGUGGCUUAUUUGAAAUGAUGUGUUUUUGAUUAAAA